UACUAAUAAAGUAGAUCUACUGAGUCUGUGCACAAGUCAAUGAUUGUCAUAUGAACGAAUCGAAGGUUGGCUCGUCUCUUGGAGUCAUGGCAUGCAAAGAGAACGCUGACGGUAUAGGAGCACUAUCAUCAGCUCUUUCCCAGACUGGAUGCGAUGAGAGAAGUGCUAGCGAGGACGGUUGCACGGAGGCUACUUGCUCCGAAACCACUGCUUGCAUCGCCGAAGCAAGCAACACAGUUCCCGAGGCAGUGUCCAGACUGAAAAGUCUGUUAGUUGAGGAGUAUGUCGGCGCAACCGUGGACAUGGGAGAAGGCAUGGUGGAGGAAGGGAUGAAUGAACCAAGCGUUUCAGAUGUGCAGGUAAAACUGAUCAUUUUGUCUAGGCCAGAGCUUCGGCAGGAGUUCGCCGAUGCGAGUUUCGAUUCAACAGGGGACAUGUGGCGCGUAGAACACGUUUUCACAAAGGCAGCCGAUAGUUUGGAGAACAUCUCCAUUGCAAGUCUCUUCGAUCUGGACAAUGAGCAGACGCUGGAGUUCUCCAGCGGUGGUCGAACGUAUCGCAUAUUGGCUGUUGCCAGCGCGGGCUGUGGCAAGACGUUCGUGUUUACAAGAGUGGCACCAUUGAAAUGGGCCCGGAAUGAAAUGUGGGCAUCGUUUGACCUGGUGAUAGCACGGAAGCUACGGAACAAGGAGGUUAGAGAGGCAAAGAACAUAUGCGCUCUGCUUGGCGUUGAGGAGCGGGGAGAGUUUACGAGCGAGGAGCGCAAAAGUAUCGAUGAUUUUGUACGGCGGCAAGCUCAUCGAGUAUGUAUUGUGCUCGAUGGGCUUGAUGAGAUCCGCCUUAGUGACUGCAGUGGCUUUGUUCAGGACAUCAUUAACGGGUCAAGUGUGAAGGGACUGCGUCUGGUGGUGACGUCACGGCCGUGUGUAGAACUGCUGAGCCUGAGUGACAAAAAGCAGUUUGACCGGCGUGUGGAACUUGUCGGCUUCCGGCAAGAAGAUGUUGAGGAGUACAUUGGCAAGGUGCUGAGGUCAGUAGACGAAGCAUCCUUACUGGUAAUGGCAGUACGGCAGGAUCAACACCUUGCUAGUAUGAUGGCCACGCCAUUCCUAGCCAUGCAGACGUGCAAGAUGUUCCACUGCCGCAAUGGCAUGCUGCCGAAAUGCCUGUCGGACAUCUUUGACAUGAUGAUCCUCCAAGUUGCCGAGCGCAAUACUGGUGAGUCGUACAAGAGUUGGAAUGAGAUUUCUCCAGCCGUCCAAGCCCUUAUCCUAGAUCUUGGGAAAUUUGCUUUCAGCAUGCUGGUUAAACAGCGACUCAUUUUCACCAAUGCUGAUUUGCAGAUGCGAGCGAUCACCAGGGAAGCUAAAGCUCUCGGCCUUCUCGUGCUAGCCGACAGUAGCAGUCGCAAUGACGGCAGACUGUGGAUGUUCAGCCAUUUGACGUUACAAGAAUCGCUGGCGGCUCGCUACGUGGCUGUGAAGAAGGCAACAACACCGGCGCUCGUUGUUCGUUUGGUGGAGAUGCUGGGCCCAGAAAGCGACCACUUGCGGACUUUCUGGAUGCUGUUGACAGCCCAGUUGAACAAGGAGAAUGCUGACUGUUUGAUCAACGGUCUUCUAACGCGGAAGAAGUCCUCUCACGGACAAGGAGCGGGUGUGAACGACGAGGACGAGGAAUGGGGCGCCCCACAUGAUGCAACAGCGGCAGCACGUGAUGUCUUUCCACUGGAUAUGCUGGAAUCACUGAGUGCAGGUUUGGACGACAACGAGGGCCGCCGUCUUGCAGAAGAGCUUCUAUCCGACAGCCUGAACGGAAGAAGCAGUGUGCGUUACGUGGAGAACCGUAGCAAGUACGGUCGACCCGAUAGCGGUGAACAGUUCUUGAGAGCAACGUUACUGACGUGGGUAGAGCGCUGCCCUGAUGCAACGUACGAUACAGUGGUUGAUGCUCUGCGAUGCAUGGGCAAACACGUCCUUGCACAGUCUUUACAUACUCCUAUGCGCGGUGAUAAUCCAACACCAGUGAAGAGUCCAUUCCACAAGGAAAUCAUCGGUGCCUCAGACCGCAACUUAGAUCUCGCAGUACUCAGCUGUGCUGAGCAUUGCCGUCACCAUGACGAUGACUGUCAACCCAUGUCCAGCCUAGUCGCCGCAUUUCAGUGCAUGAGGAUAUGGUUCCAUGGCGUUGCCCAUCCGGCCGUUAUCCGUGCUUAUGACGUCGCCGUCGAUGUGCACUAUACCAGUGUGAGGAGUGUGGCGUUUAAUGGAUGGCGACAUGUUGGUACUUGGCCAUUUCCAGUAUCACUGCUGAAGUGUGAGAACAUAACAAGUCUAUACAUUUCGCACUGGACCUAUCAGUGGCAGCAGAUCCUGGCAGUUCUGAAGUCAUCACACAUGCAUCUACAGGUAAUCCGUCUGCAGAAUUGUGAUCUCACUGACACCAGUAUGCCCUCACACCCAGCCAGUACACAACCGUCGCAUGCUGAAGACAGUGGAACAGCUACAACGACUGACCAUGGCGAUCGCAUCCCUGCAGUGCUCCUGGCCGAGGCACUUGCCGAUAGUCGCUGCCUCAAACAGUUCCGUGUUCUCCGCUGCAGUGGCAUCGGUUGGCAUGGUUAUCGUGCUAUCUGCAAGGCCUUGUGUCACUCGACACAUUUAUCAACCUUGACAUUCCAACAUUCAGGGUUCAUUUCUCGCAUCGAUGUUCUGGCGGAAAAUCUUCGCAGUGCAUGGCCUGAGAUAGUGCAGCUUGAAGUCGAUGUUGGGGGAGGCUCGGAGGAGCAGGAGGCACCAUCCGACCACGACGUCUCUGCAUUCUUGCAUGCCGUCAACGCACACACAUCACUCCGGCAACUAGUGAUUUACACCAGUCUACAUCAGCACCGUACGGAUGCCUACCAACGCCUCCUGAGCAAGGACUCUUACAGAUCUACCUUAGAUUUUCAAAGGUGUGAUUAGUACCAGGAACAUUCAAACGGACUUGUGAAAUUUACAAUUGUCCGUUCCAUGCCUGGACUGUGUGCUCUCAAAGUGCGUCUCUGCAUUCUUGCAUGCUGUCAACGUGUGCGCCUCACUACGGCGACAUUUGAUUCGCGACAAUCCACGUUAAUGCCAUACGGAUGCCUAUCAACGUCUUCUCAGCAAGAACUCUUACCGAUCUCAAUUCGAUUUUAAACUGGAUUGUUAGAAGAAGUUCAGCAUUCUCUCCGUGUUCCACUGCAAUAAUAUUCACAGUAACAACUAAAAACUCGGAUGUUGAUUAAGAGUAACUCUCCAUCACUGAGACUGGAUACUAUAUACAGUCAGAAAGUGCAAUAACUAGGCACAAAACUGACAAGAGUACUGAGACAUUCGACGUCCUGACACCUAGCUUCAACACAUUUCCGUAGCGCUAACCGACAGCCUUCCAACUUGGAAGGUUCAAGGUUAUGAAAAGAACAAAGAGGGGAAGGCAAGCGCAACGAAAACGAGCAAAAGCUACAGUCCCAACGGAACAAAGAAUGUCGAUUGUUACUGGACGAUGACGAGACCAGUACGAUAUUUGACAAAGCGGUCUAACUACAAUUCGAAGCAGCAAAGCAGCACACCACCCAACUUGGGUGGGUCAUAAAUAUCAAAGAUAAGUAAAGAAAGGGGAAGCUUUGCAAAAACGAAUUGUACAAGCCGAAAGCCAAACUCCUACAGCUACAGUACUCCUCAUGCAUGACAUUGUGAUGGACUAGUUGACUACAAAACAAGUUGUUUCACACGACGUACGUUUAGCCGUAUGGUUCGUGACGGCUCAUCAGGUGUGCAAUUUGAAACUCGGACAACUAGCACAAUAUUUACUUGGACGUUUAAAAUAACUUGAGCCUUGAAAAAAAACUUUACCCGUAAAAUCCAAACAUGUUGAGAAAUUUACUCCGUUCCAUACCUGGACUGUUUGCUCCCAAAGAUAGCGGCAUAUCCUAAAUUGUGGCGGUCAGGCCAAGACUUUUAUUGUUUUCUCUUAUAGUUCAUUGCAGUAACCCAACCUGGUAGUACAUAUAUGUCGGCAUUGUUUGUACUAUCUUUCAUAGCCUCAUUCCAGUCCGGAGCUUUGUCAAAGGUGUGUGUGUGUCGUGACAUGGUGAGGAAAGAGAAGAGAAGAGAAGAGAAGAGAG